AUGGAGCGCUCCGGCAGCAUCCAGCUGGACAUCCCCGACUUCAGCAACUCGGUUCUGUCUCACCUGAACCAGCUCCGGGUCCAGGGCCGGCUCUGCGACAUCGUGGUCAAUGUUCAGGGUCAGAGCUUCCGGGCGCACAAGGUGGUCCUGGCCGCCAGCUCGCCGUACUUCCGGGACCACAUGUCUCUGAGCCAGAUGAGCACGGUGUCCCUGACCGUGAUCCGGAACCCGAGCGUGUUCGAGCAGCUGCUCUCCUUCUGCUACACGGGCCGGCUCCGCCUGCAGCUCGCCGACAUCAUCAGCUACCUGACGGCCGCCAGCUUCCUGCAGAUGCAGCACAUCAUCGACCGCUGCACCCAGAUCCUGGAGGGCAUCCACCUGAAGAUCAGCCUGGCCGAGCUGGAGGAGGAGUCCAGGGAGGAGGAGGAGGGGCGGGGGUCCAGGGGGGGCCGGAGCCUGGAGGCGGUGGUCCGAGGGGGGGGUCAUCACGCCGAUCUGCGGCUCCUCGGCCCACGAGGAGGUGCAGAGGCACGCGAAGCCAUCAGCCCCGUUGAGGAGCCCGUCAGCCCCCCCCCCACCGGGGAGCACCGCGGGCUGGAGGUCGCCGCGGCCGGACGAGCGGAACCGAUCCUCCGCAUCAACCGGGCCGGGCAGUGGUUCAUGGAGACGAGCAGCGAGCCGGAGAGGAGCCGCAGCGGGGGGGAGGCCGGCAGCGUGGACGGAGUGAGGAUCAAGACGGAGAGGAUGGAGGAGUGGGGCGGAGACGGAGAGCAACAGGAAGAGGAGGAGCCUGUGGAGGAAGAGACCACGGUGAUGAUCGACACGUCGGGACGCAGCACGCUGGUCACCGGGCCGGUGGGGGGGGCGCUGGGGACCCGGAGCGUCCAGCCCUCCUCCAGCUUCAGCAAGACAGACAGGUUCAGUCCCAGCGGCAGCGUGGUCGUCCUCGCCGAGCGUCAGAGAGCGAAGAGCGAGUCGCCGAGCCGGGCGGACGAGGGUCGCCCCCCCGGCCUCCAGGGGGAGGAGCAUGCAGCGUUCGAUAUGGGCGGGUACGAGGACUACCUGAGGGAACAAGUAGGAGACCGCUGGUUCCGCUACAACCCCCGACUCACCUGCAUCUACUGCUGCAAGUCCUUCAAUCAGAAGGGCAGUCUGGACCGCCACAUGCGCCUGCACAUGGGAAUCACGCCAUUCGUCUGUCGUAUUUGCGGAAAGAAGUACACCCGCAAGGACCAGCUGGAGUACCACAUCCGCAAGCACACGGGCAACAAGCCCUUCCACUGCCACGUGUGCAGCAAGAGCUUCCCCUUCCAGGCCAUCCUCAACCAGCACUUCCGCAAGAACCACCCGGGCUGUGCCCCCCAAGAGGCCCACAGCGCCUCCCCCGAGACCACCACCACCUCCGUCACCUCCAGGGGGGGGCCAAGCACAGAGGCUUCUCCGAGCCAGGAAGAGCCGGAGGGGGCGGGCAGCGGCGGGGGGAGCAGCAGCGGCGGAGGCCAGUACAGUGAAGGCCCCCAGGCCUCGGUCUCCACCACCGGGCCGGACUGA